AUGGCUUCCCAUCUUAAAGGUGUGACAAAAACAACAAUGACAGACGAGAUUCGAAGAGAAUUAUGCAAGCACAACAAGGAUAAUCCAAGUCUCACUCAAAAGAAAUUGCAAGAAUGGGUUCAUAGUAACUAUGGUUUGCAGGUGAGUCAAGCGACAAUAUCGAAUACAGUUAAACGGUCUUUAGAGUAUCUCUUACUUCCUCCCGAAAGAGGCGAUGUUAAGCGACACAAACCGGCAAAAUUUCCUGACCUAGAAAAAUCUCUCUAUGAAUGGAUUCUUCAAUAUCAAGAACAUGUGAAUAUGACAAAUGAACUAAUCAUCGAGAAGGCGAAAAAGUUCAUGAAAGAUAUGUAUCCAGUAGAUGCUCCAGACUUUACUUUUUCUAUUGGUUGGCUUGGAAAGUUCAAAGCAAGAUAUGGAAUUAAAAAUUUCCGGCGUUUCAGAGAGAGUGGAUCUAUUGAAAUGGAGGGCAUGGAGGACAAAUUAAAAUCCAUAAUGAAAGUUGAUCAGUUCUACAAUGGAGCCCCCUUCGCGAAACGAAGCUAUUAA